CCCGUAGAUGCACCGAAAAGCGGGGAAUCUGGUUACUCUGAAACAUAUUGUCACUGCUACUGCACUGGAAUAACUACGCGCUGCAGAAACGCAGGAGGAAUACAGGAUUGCUCAUAUUUAAUUACAUAUCAGUCCCAGGCAAUGAGCAUUUUACAUUAAAGGUUUAUGAAGAAGGAAUAAGCCUGAACCAUGACGAUUGAUUUUGAAGAAUGUAUUAAAGAUUCUCCCAGAUUCAGGGCCACCAUAGAUGAGGUGGAAAAUGAUGUGGUUGAAAUUGAAGCAAAGCUAGACAAGCUGGUGAAACUUUGCAGUGGGAUGAUAGAAGCUGGAAAGGCCUACAUCAGUGCCAACAAAUUGUUUGUGAACGGCAUCCGAGACCUGUCACAGCAAUGCAAAAAGGAUGCCAUGAUUUCGGAAUGUCUAGAGAAGUGUGGAGAGAGCCUUCAGGAAAUGAUCAAUUACCACAUGAUACUUUUUGAUCAAGCUCAAAGAUCUGUCAAGCAACAGCUUCAGAAUUUUGUAAAAGAGGAUGUGCGGAAAUUCAAAGAGACCAAGAAGCAGUUUGAUAAAGUGAGGGAAGACGUGGAGAUCGCACAGGUGAAGAAUGCACAGGCCCCCCGAAACAAACCCCACGAGGCAGAGGAAGCCAUGGGAACCCUCACCGUCACCCGCAAGUGCUUCAGACACCUGGCACUCGACUACGUGCUGCAGAUCAGUGUUCUUCAGGCAAAGAAGAAAUUUGAAAUAUUAGAUGCGAUGCUGUCUUUCAUGCACUCGCAGUACACUUUCUAUCAACAAGGCUACAAGCUGCUCGAUGAAAUCGACCCCUACAUGAAGAAGCUUGCAGCAGAGCUGGAUCAGCUGGUGAUUGACUCCGCAGUUGAGAAGAGGGAUAUGGAGCACAAACAUGCAGUUAUACAACAGCGGACUCUUAUGCAGGACUUCUCCUACGAUGACUCCAAAGCAGAGUUCAAUGUGGACGCCUCUAACGGAGUGGUCGUGGAAGGCUAUCUGUUUAAGAGAGCCAGCAAUGCCUUCAAGACAUGGAACAGGAGGUGGUUCUCAGUACAGAACAGCCAGCUGGUGUACCAGAAGAAACUAAAGGACACACUCACUGUGGUGGUGGAGGACCUGAGGCUUUGCUCAGUCAAGCCUUGUGAGGACAUUGAGCGCCGCUUCUGCUUUGAAGUCGUCUCCCCAACAAAGAGCUGUAUGCUGCAAGCUGACUCUGAGAAGUUGCGGCAGGCCUGGAUCCAUGCUGUGCAGGCCAGCAUAGCCUCCGCCUACAGGGAGAGCCCAGACAGUUUCUGCAUCCAAAAGCUGGACCGCACUGCUUCCCCCUCCACCAGCAGCAUCGACUCUGCCAGCGACUCUCGAGACCGCAGCCUCAAAGGGGAGAGCAUCCUGCAGCGCGUUCAGUCCAUCCCGGGGAACGAGGUGUGCUGUGACUGUGGCCAGGCAGACCCACGCUGGGCCAGCAUCAACCUAGGCAUCCUGCUGUGCAUCGAGUGCUCGGGCAUCCACAGGAGUUUGGGUGUCCACUGCUCUAAGGUCCGUUCGCUCACUUUAGACUCCUGGGAACCGGAGCUACUGAAGCUGAUGUGUGAGUUGGGUAACAAUGUUAUGAACCACAUUUAUGAAACCAGGUACGAAGAGCUUGGUCUCAAGAAGCCAGUAUCUUCCAGUUCAAGGCAGGAGAAGGAGGCUUGGAUCAAAGCCAAAUAUGUGGAGAAGAAGUUCCUGAAGAAGAUGCCAAUUGUAGAGGCUCUGAGGGAUGUGGAGCAGAAAUCACGCCGGUGGAGCGUGAAAAAAUGCCAGAGACACAACAGCUCCACCAAAGUACCAGCCACUCGCAGGAGAUACAGACAGGAAGCGGGGAACGCAUCCCCAGCAACCCUUGUCUCAGCUGCUCUGGAGAGGAAGUUCCGCAGAGACUCGCUCUUCUGUCCUGAUGAACUCGACACCCUCUUCUCCUACUUCGACACGGGGUCCGGGCCACGCAGUCCUGCAGGUUUGAGCAGUGACAGUGGUCUGGGAGGCAGUACGGAUGGCAGCACAGAUAUCCUGGUCUUCGGUUCAGUGGUUGACAGCGUCACCGAAGAAGAGUGCGAGGUUUCCGAGGAGUCGAGUGGGGAAGCUGAGAUUGAGCAGGAGGCAUCGGACACGGAGGACCUGAGGGAGCUGACCCCGGGGAUGCUCAUUUACAAGGCAGCCCAGGCUCGCAACAUGCCAGUCAUGGCAGAAGCCUUGGCUCACGGAGCUGACGUCAACUGGAUUAACGACGAAGAUGAGAACAAGACCCCUCUCAUACAAGCGGUUACCGGGGGUUCUUUAAUAGCCUGCGAGUUCCUUCUGCAGAAUGCGGCUGACGUUAACCAACGAGACAUCCGUGGAAGAGGACCCCUUCACCACGCAACAUAUCUGGGACACACCGGUCAAGUGUGCCUGUUUCUGAAAAGAGGAGCCAAUCAGCACGGUGAAGAUGCGGAUGGGCAGGACCCCCUCAGCAUAGCUGUUCAAGCUGCCAACGCAGACAUCGUCACCCUGCUGCGGCUGGCUCGGAUGAAUGAGGAGAUGCGGGAGUCUGAAGGCCCUUUCGGACAGCCAGGAGAUGCCACCUACCUUGACAUCUUUAGAGAAUUCUCUCACAUGGCAUCGAACAAUCCUGAAAAGCUGAACCGCCGCAGUAUGCAUUUCAGCCAUUCCUGCAGGAGAGGAAGAGAGCUAGCCUCACUGGACCUGCUUCUACUUGAAAUGUCUCCACAGCCAGUUAAUGAGAACAAUGUCAACUAGUGACAGGACAACUCUUCAAACACAUAUGUGACCGUCCUUGGUUUAGUGCACAUCGUCUUUGAGUGCAGCUGAUGGUUAAAGUGAUUAUAACACAAUAAUUCAAGAAAUUGUUCCCAUUUUGCACUUUUGUGCAGUUUUGAAAAAAACACAUGAAUUUUCAUUUUAAAAACAUGAUCUCUGGUACUACAAUAGGAUGUGAAAGUUCUACGUUUCUAUGCCUUAUUCGCAGGAUAUCUGUUACACUUCCUGGGUCAUUUCACCUCAGCAGUGUCUUCUGGGUGAAAGCAUGUCAGUCAAUAGGGGAAGCUGUCAUUAAUGGGGUGGGGGCUUCUUGCAAACAGAAAUUUCUUUACCUAAGUAAUACCAGAUAGUAUUUCAAAUAAAUGUAAAUUUAACAGGUGUUUCUUUCAAAACUGCACAUUUGAGACCUGUAUAAAGAAUAGAAGUGAACAGCAGGUAAGACUGGUGGAGUUUCUUUAUAGCUGUGUUCUCUUUAAUAAUCCCUUGGGAACACUGUAAUGUUCAGAACUAGACAUUCCACAAGGAUGAUGCAGGAAGAAGAUGUGCCCCUUUGUGUGUUUUCUAUUCUAUAGGUUCUUAUUGUUGCGUAGGUUUGGAUUGUAUCAGUGGUGUGGAUCCUCUGAUCAGCUGCUGGAGGAAGUGCAGGACGUUUCCUCCAUGUUUCAUCAUUGCUUUUCAUUUGAUUUGAUAAUGUGUUUUUAUAACGUGUUUCUAUAAUGUGUUUUACUGCCUAAGCUCUCUAUACUCCACCAAUAGUUACCCGGCACAAAUCAAAGCAUAGUGAUGCUUAAAUAGAUGAACUUAGGCUUCUAAUACACUAGUGUGUGGAAGAAAUGACUGUGAUUCACAUGAACCACGAUUUUCCACCCAUGGUGAUUUUGGUUGAGUGAAUGCAUAUUUCCAUUGGGUUAUAUUGUUCAAGGGUUGUUUUAAUUCUCACAGAUGGUCUUAGUCCAGCAGGUUGUUAUGAAAUACACUCACAAAAUGAACUAUGUUUUGAACAUUUCACUGCAGCAGCAUAUUAGUUUGAAACAGACCAAUGUAACUGCAGUUCAGAAAUGUAUUCUUGGUCAAGCUGACAGUCUGCAGCUCUUUUCCAUUUGAUUUUCACACAAGGCUGUUUCAAGCAGUAGAUUAAAAAGACAGACAGCAGCAGUCUGUUAAAAGACCAUGUGCUAUUGUUUAAUAAAGCAUGAAUCCCUUUGCAUGUUGUAUCUUUCA